CACAAAAUUGCAGUUUGUAUUUCGGGAGAACGUUAGCCAAAUAUACAUCUUCUUGUGAAGCGCAAAAUUAAUGUGCAAGCAAUCCUGACUGGAACGCGAAGUUUUACGCUUUACGUGCCACCGAAAUAUAAACGAAAAAAAUAUAGUUCGAGAUGUCGAAAGAAGAGAAAGAAUGCGUUAUUCCGAGCGUGAUAGUCGACGUAAACUCGGGGAGAAGUUAUAUUAAAGGUCGAUUUUUCGGAAAGGGUGGGUUCGCAAAGUGCUAUGAAAUCAAAGAAUCGAAGACACAUCGUGUGUUUGCUGGGAAAAUUGUGCCAAAAUCGCAAAUUACUAAAAGCAAUCACAGAGAAAAAAUGACACAAGAAAUCUCUAUUCAUCGAAAUUUGAAGCACCAAAAUGUUGUUGGGUUUUAUAGUUUUUUCGAUGAUCCUCUGAACGUGUAUAUAAUUUUAGAAUUGUGUCGCAAAAGGUCAAUGAUGGAAUUGCACAAACGCAGAAAAGCUCUGACAGAGUGUGAGACUAGAUAUUAUAUGAAGCAAAUUUUAGAUGGUGUGCAUUACUUGCAUCAAAAUAAGAUAAUUCAUAGAGAUCUAAAAUUGGGUAAUUUAUUUUUAAGCGACGAUCUGCAAGUUAAAAUAGGUGAUUUUGGAUUGGCCACUAGAUUAGAGCACGACGGCGAACGGAAGAAGACAGUCUGUGGUACCCCUAAUUAUAUAGCGCCAGAAAUUUUAACCAAAUCUGGCCACUCGUAUGAAGUCGAUGUAUGGAGUAUCGGAUGUAUAAUGUAUACUUUGCUUGUGGGCAAACCUCCGUUUGAAACUUCUAGUUUAAGGGAAACCUAUGCUAGAAUUAAACAAGUUCAGUACAUUAUUCCCGAACACAUCAAUACAAUUGCUAUGAAUAUGAUCUCUAAUAUGUUGCAAGGAAAUCCAUCUAAACGUCCAACCGUAGGCAAAUUAAUAAAAGACCGGUUCUUUACUUGCGGUUACAUGCCGCAGAGCUUACCGCUGUCAUGUUUAACUAUGGCGCCUCGAUUAGAUAUGUUAGAGAUGCAUAAUCAACGUAAACCAUUGACUGAAAUGAAUACUAAUGUAGAAGCAGAAGGACCGAACUUCGUAUUUAGAGUACCUAAUAGUCCGGCACGCAAAGUAAAGCCUGCGGAUGGAGCGAGCGAAAUGCAAAAAAUGAAUCCCGAUAUUAAAACGAUGCUUCAGACGUUAAGAGAACAGCUGUCUGCGGUACUAAAGGCUAAGCCAAAUAGGGAAAUGGCAGAAUCGGAAGAUGAAAUGACGGAUCCUGCGGCGCAGCCUGUAGUAUGGAUAAGUAAAUGGGUUGAUUAUUCAGAUAAAUAUGGUUUUGGAUAUCAGCUUUCCGACGAUGGGGUGGGUGUAAUGUACAACGACGGCACUCGGCUGAUAAUGCUAGCAAAUUGUUUCAAUAUACAUUACAUAAACCGUGAAGGAAACGAGUUGUACUACACUGUUAGGGAAUAUCCACCUGAACUGGAAAAGAAGAUGAAACUUCUAAACUUCUUUUUGAAAUACAUGAAGGAGUAUUUAAUGAAAGCUGGAAGUUCGUUUGCUGUGAAACCGAGCGAUGCUAUGUCCAGAAUACCUUACAUACAUCAGUGGUUUAGAACGCAGAGUGCUGUGGUUAUGCAGUUGACUAAUGGAACAGUGCAAAUCAACUUCUUAGAUCACACAAAAAUUAUCAUGUGCCCGCUAAUGGCAGCUGUUACAUACAUAGACGAGGACAAGAAUUUCAAAACCUAUAAAUUCCAAACCAUACAAGAAAAUGGAUGCUGCAAAGGAUUGGCCAAAAAUUUGGCAUACGCUCACGAAAAGCUAAUGUUAAUGUUAUCGAAUCCACAAGUUCGAUAAUCAUUGCUAUAAAUUCGAUUGGUUAGGUAAAAAGAGAAAGACUACUUGUUACAAUAUAUUUUAGAAGUAUUACACUUUUUUUAAUAAGGGUCAUGUCUUUAUAUUUGGAAAAUAACGACAACACCUAAAUAGUUAUUUUAUGUUUAUUUUAUUUUGUAGAAACGUAUAAAAAUUUUGCUAGGUGUUUUUAUUGUAACAGCCCAUCUAAACAUCUAAGAAUCAUGUGAAAGUGGUUUAAUAGAAUUACGCGAAGGCUUUUAACGUUACAGAGGAAGUGCUCUUCUGUUUUUUUUUUUUUUAUCACAGUAGACGAUUAGAUGAUGGUAGUAGUCCUUUGUGUAAUGACUCUUUGACAUAAUUUUUACGGAUAAACAGACAUUAAAUUUAAGUACUCUGCCAUGCUAUACGUUACUCCAUAUAAAUACUACUACGUAAAGAGCGAGAGUUCGUGACAUUUUUGUCAUCGUGCCUCAAUGGAGUAGUGCAAUUUAACAUGUGUCUAUUUAUCGAUAUUUGAGCGAGAGAGUGAGAGAGAGAACAAAAGAAAGAGAGAUAGUGUGAGAGAGAAACAACUGACCAGUAAUUUUCUGAAUUGAAACAGAUCUGAAAAUGUUUUCAUUUAGUUUUUAUAUAUUCUUGAUAGACCAACGUUCGGGUCUGAUGGUAUAUGUAAAAUACGUGCAUGCGAAUCGUGCAUUAGCGAAACGUACUGAAAUUUAAUAUGCUCUUGGCCGUGCGAGAGAAUAAAAUGAAAAUCGGAAUAAAUUAAUGAUGUCGGAACAAAUGA